AUGUUCUCCGCAGCUGCGGCAGCUUCUGCCGGUGGUGGCACGGGCUCGAAUCUCGCACGAGCAAUCAUCAUCACCUCAGGUGUUUCAGCUCUCGUAUCGUCGCUGCUUUCAUUCGUUAAGAACUAUAGGAAACCGCUGUUGCAGAGAUAUGUCGUACGGAUUUUGCUUAUGUGGGUGACCAGUGGUAUCAGGAGAGGCUUUGAAACUGUCGGACGAAGGAAGCUGAUCAAGCUCAGGGUGCCAAUUUACGCAGCAUCUUCGUGGACAAGUAUUGUGUCACUGAAGGCAGCUCAAUUUCUGGAUCCUAUCCGUGAUAUCUAUGAGCGAGGAAUCCUUCAGUAUGCGUGGCUCAAACCGAUUUUGGCCAUAGUCUCGAUUGUGAUGAAAGCCACCGAUACAUAUGAGGAAGGAUAUCUCAGUGUCACAUCAGGGUAUCUUUGGACAGGCAUUGUGUACAACGUGAGCGUCACGGUCAGUUUGUAUUCGCUGGCAAUGUUCUGGGUAUGUCUACACGACGACCUUGUACCGUUUCGGCCGGUUCCCAAAUUUCUGUGUAUCAAGCUUAUUAUCUUUGCAUCGUACUGGCAAGGGUUCUUUCUGUCAAUUUUGCAAUGGCUAGGGGCGCUUGGAAAUGUGGCCGGAUACUCGCCUGACAAUCUUGCCGCGGCAAUCCAGGAUGCGUUGAUCUGCUAUGAGAUGCCUAUCUUUGCCGUGGCUCACUGGUAUGCCUUUUCGUGGCAUGAUUACGCCGAUCCUAGGAUCUCGGCGGCCCGACUUCCGGUCAAAUACGCGGCUCGGGAUGCCUUUGGACCUCUGGAUUUGAUUGAAGACACGAAGAUGACCUUACGCGGCGAGAAUUAUGAGUACCGACUGUUUGACUCGGGUGACAACAUCAUCGCUCAUGCCGAGUCUGAAUCGCGGGUCAAGCGUGUCAUGGAUGGCAUGCGCUACGAACGAGGUGGCAAAGCCAAGUAUUGGAUUCCUAGACCAGGAGAGGCCAGCAAGGCCGUCGAAGCCAACAUGCGCACGCCACUGCUCAGUGGUGGAACCAGCGACCGCCGAAGUCCAAGCGAUAGCCAAAGCCGCCCUUCAAUCGAGCGAUUCCGGACCUACAGUGAGGUCGAAGUUACUUUGGACGACGAUGAUGAGCAGAUAUUCAACCAAGCAAGGGCUUUGGAGUUUGGGGACUGGAAUUAUCCGGUCAUCACGGCCAAUGAAGUCCCGCGGGACCAACGACUUCCAUCACAUACGAGCUAUCAAGGGUCUGCUUCUCGAGGAGACGCAAGCACCUCGCGAUCAAAGACCCGACAUCGCUCAUCUGCUAGUGAAGGCAAGCGCAAUCGGAAGCCCAGCAGCUCUGGCAAGUCGAAGAAAGAGAUUGGUCGCCCUCCCUCUGUGCAACGCAAGAUCAGCUCCACAAGCUCGCAUCAAUCGAGUCAUUCCCGUCAUUCUAACCGUAGUCAACUUGUGCAUCUUGUCGUUGAAGAUCAUGAAGCCGAGGAAGAAGUUCGGGAUCAGGCGCAGCGGGAGCGUGGCUCCGCCUGGACGAUCGAGGACUCGAAGCAAUUCCAGAGACCGUCUGGGCAGCCAAUCGAAGAAGAAGCUGAACAUGAUGCGCUGAACCAGAAUGACCGCGGUGCCCAGCAAACAACCUCGGCGCAAGACGACGAGGAAGAGGCUUCUCCGUCACAAUGGGGGUAUGGCGCCACGGAGGAAGAGAAUGUCUGGAGCAGAUAG